UGAAGCUCACCUGAGAGACCAUCAGCAGCUGAGGACGGACAGUGUUUCCUCUCACCUGCUGCUGUCAGUCCUUUAAAGGUAAGAUAUGAUUUAACUUUACAAUAACAUUCAGCUAACCAGCUAACAUUCAGCUAACCAGCUAACAUUCAGCUAACCAGCUAACAUUCAGCUAACCAGCUAACAUUGUGAGCAGAGUGAAGGAUCAACAGUGUUGACGUCCUGUCAAAGACGUCUCUGUGUGUCCGUCCUGUCUCCUAACAGCACUCUGUAGCUCAGAGGUGACAGUCUGACAGCCUGGAGCUUCAGCUGGAGAUGGAAAAGCAGCCAGUUCACUACUGAGGCUAAUAAGUCAACAACAUAAACUCACUAAAUGUCAAGAAUGGAAAUAUUUUGACUCCUAUUUUCAUUAAACAGAAAAAUCCAACCGUCUGAACUGAAGUUUGUGUCUCUGACUGAACUGAGAUCAGUUUAAUCUGCUCGUUAACUCGUCGUCCUCAUUCAAACUGGACCUGAAGUGAAUCACAGUCACAAACACUAACAUGUAACUUUACUGUGUUUGACGAGAUUCUAGUCAAAAACUCACAAAGUAAAAGUCACUAAAGCUGCUUUGUUGAACCAAAGUAACAACAACUGAACAUUUAUUUGACCUUCAGACUCUCAUUAAAUUCACAAGUCAUCAGAUUUCACUGAUAUGAUUCAUACGAUGUGAUUAAUGUGUAACUCUAACAGCCUCUUCGGGCGGUGCCGGUCCAAAGUCUCAUUCACUGUUGUGAUGGACGAGAUCUGCGAGGUCCCUAUUGUUUUUAGAAUGAUGAUGUUUUCAUGCUAAAUGAUCUAAUUUUUCACUGCCUGAACGUACCCCAAACCUCACUAAACUUGGAAUAUAUGUCACGCCCGCUGAAAAAUGUCAUAGUCUAUUGUCGUUGUGAAUUUCCACCACUAGGUGGUUCUAUAUUCAAGCAAAGUGCGUUUUGGCUUAUAACUCCCAUAUACUUUAUGGCACAUUCAAAAACCUUAUAUCCACUCAUUCACUUGAUUGUGCUGAAUCUCAUGAUAUAGGACACGCCCACUUCUGUCUACCGGGUUUGGUUUUUUUCCGCAAAUUAGGCAAACCUUCGCAAACCUUCGCAAACCUACUUUUUCGAACUCCUCCCAAGCGGUUUCAGGGAAAUCAGGGGAUUUUUCACCUGUAGUCCAUUUUGUAUUUACGUAGAUUGCAGGGAGUUCUUCUGACAUCAGCGUACAUUAUUUAAUAUCAGCACGAGCCACCAAAUUAUAAAGGAACAACUUUCUCAUUCCUCUAUCUGGACAAAACUUCACUUGUUUCAUAAGAGUCCAGCCCUGAACAUGUAGGCCAAUACACAGUCACAGUGCCACAUGUUGGGCACAGGAAAUGACAUUCAACCCCUUCCUGCACUGUUUGAAACACAAACAUUUAAGAGAUGUGUACGCAAUAAUCGGGCAAUGGGGCCGGGUACGCAGCAUGCCCUGACACACGAAGACUUUUCAUGAAAAUCAAGUGAAGAAACAAUUGUGUUGUUUUAUUGUGCCAACAAACCAAGAUGACCUGUUUGCUUCAGAUGAAGGUUGGUUAACUUGUCGUCCUUUAAUCUCAUCAGGAACAUCUGGCCACCAAAAGAGGAAAAAUCACCAUGACAGUGAGCAGUAAACAUUAGUUCAUGUUCCAGCCUGCAGCUUCUCUCUUCAGGAACUUCAGCUCCUGAUCUGUCUGUCUCCAGAUGAAUGAUUUGUGUUUCCUCUCCAGAUGAAAGUGUGUGUGAGAUGAGCAGCAUGAAUCAGUGUGAGGACAGAGAGGAGGGAGGCCCUCCCUCUAAAACCCCUGGACCUGGGCCUGAACCUGGACCUGAGCCCAGCUGUGUGUCCAUCAAGAGUCUCAUUAAUUUUUUUGAAGUACAACUACCUCCUGCUGUAAAGAGGAGACCAGCCUCUACUGGACCUGGACCUGAACCUGGACCUGGACCUGGAACAGGACCUGGACCAGGACCUGAGCCCAGCUGUGUUUCCUUCAAGAGUGACUGGUCAAAGGAUGAUGUCAUGAAUUUCAAACCAGAACCUUCCUCAGACAGACAAGUCGACCAGGAGAGCUCAGAGGUUCCCAGAGGUCCGUCUGUCCAGCAGCAUCAGACACACCUGGACUCCAUAUUUAUGGUCUGUACAUGAACAACAACUACUUUUACAUCCAGUCUGUUCACAAUAAUCUCCAUGCUGCACUUUACAGACCAGUGGUGAAUCUGUCCAACAUGGAUCUGAUGUUAAAUGUUGUCAUUCACAUAAUAUUCUG